AUGGGGCUUCAGGGCCCGCUGACCGCGCAGGCUCUGGGCCGAUCGCCUUACGACGACGUCGUCAUCGGCGGCCCAGAGGAUGGCGCCACGCCGUCGCAGAUAUACGACCAUCGUGGUCGUCCAAUGAACCCGCGAUCAAAGCAGAUCAAUCGCAGUAUAAUCAGAGCCCAUAAUGAGGUCAUGCACGUUGUCGGGGUGGCAGAGCCUGACAACCCUCAUGACCCCGACGAGUACGAGUCUAAGCGGCAGCACAGCGAGUAUGAGACUGCGAUUGGUCUGAGACUAAUCUGGGCGACCAAGAGAUGCAUCGGCAUGGUUGGAGCGCUUGGACUUAACGGUUUCAGGCAAAGAGUUCUCGUAUAUGAAGAUUAUUCUCGGACUCCAUGCUGGGACCUCUACCAAAAUGCACAGAGAAACUUCUCUUUUGCAGGUUCCAUGCUCCCCGGUGCCCACGCCUACAUGCUGGCCGAGUAUAUUGAACGAAACUGGAACCCUCAAUGGUCCUCUCUCAGGGACAGAAGCGUCGUCAAGGAAUACGUCGGCUAUGCCUGGAGCUACGUGACCAUUCACCUGCAGCUGUACUCUUGUCUGCAGCGCCUGGGACUCAUCAGCAGCACUCAGCUGCUCCCAUCCUGGAGAUUCCUUGAGUCUCUGAUCCCAGCACCACCUCCUCUAGAGGACUUCACUCCCCGGGCGCUGUUGAAGUGGGCCAGCGGCGCUGUGAUAUCGGUAGCGCCCCUCCUUGUGUGGACCGCGACGCGGCGAUUGACCCAGCAAUGGCGAUUCCGCACCUGGCAACGGAUCUUCACACACAUCCCCAACCCGAUAAUAGGGGGCCAGGAAAUCCUCACGCUGGACGACAUGUCCGAGCCAUCAGAUGACUCGGGCGAGGACCUGCCCAUGCCGUCCACUUCACAAGCUACAGAAGGGCAAGGGGUCCGACAAGAACGAGAACAGAUGAGCGGCGAUGGCAUCGGCAACCACGACGACGGUGUCUCGCCCCAGUCCACCUCGGAGGAAGAGCAGGGGGGUUCUUCGUCGCAGGCUGACACGGGCGCUCACACAUCGGCUGACGACUACGGCAGCGACGACGACGACGGCGACGAAAACGAGGGCGUCAGCGCUACCCUCAUCAGCUUUGACGUCGAGGCCACCGAGGCCACCGAGGUGCCCCAGGGCAUGUGGUCGGCAGAGCUGCGGUCCAGCACCGGGCCCGACGCGCGCUCCGGCUCAUCCGCACCCACGUACCUGUCCACCAUGCUCACGCGCCUUCCCGCCCUGACGGCCGCCAACAUUGCCACGGACCGCAUCGUCCGGCUCCUCACGGCCCCGCACGAGGCCAUGACCCUUCGUCUCGUCGCUCGCGUCUUCUGCGCUCAGCACGGACUGCCAUGCGACGACGUCAUAUUCGGCUUUGGCCUGCUCUCCGGCUUAAAUGCCACCUGGCUGCUCAACUUCUUCUGGACCGAGCUGACUCACUUCGCCCUCUCGGCAGAGAUAUGGUCCGUCUUCACAAUCAUCGCACAGUAUUUCCACAAGUCGGAGAAGGAGUGGGAGGAUUUUGACAGCAAGGAUUGGGGAGACCUCGGCCCAUUCAAAGAUGAUGAACCUAUCUGUUGGGGUUGA